AUGGUUUUUGUUCCUUCCAGUUGUAGUCAAUUAUUGGAAAGCAAUGUUGUUGCCCCAUCAUCACUCAAGAUAAGUAGAUCUUCCUCAAUUGGUGACAAUACAGUCGCUGGAUUGUUGGAUGAAAGUGCAGAAUGUGGUGCUGCUACAUACUUUGGAAUGGAUCCAUUUAUCAAUGUUAAUUUCGAUCAUCCACAUGUAUUUACCAAGCUUGAAGUUAAGUGUCAUAUGGCAUGUUAUGAUGGCCCAAACAGAUUGAACGGAACUGAUCUUUCAUACAAGUUGAACGAUACAGAUCAAUGGACUCCUGUGCUCACUAUCAACGAUGUUAAGGGAGGUCACUUUGUUCAUAUCUAUGAAUUUGGUGAUGGAAUCAAUGCCAAGUUUUGGAGGUUAUCAAAAAAAGGAAAUAAUGAUUUUGCUAUCGGAAUGGCCAGAUUUUAUGCCAUUGCUCCUUUUACUCCAAUCAUUACUAAGAAAGGUCAAGUUUAUACAAAAGAGCAAGAGCUAGCUCUUUCCACACCAGCAUACACAGGACCAGAUGUCAAUGUAAUUGAACCUGUGAAAAUUGGCGGAUCAAAGAUUGGUAGUUGGUCUGGCAUUGCCAACACUAUUGAAGGUUUGCUGGAUGAUACCGGUAAUCAUGGUUAUUCAACAACUGGAACUAUGAAAGCUCAUAUAAUUCUCAGUUUUGAUGCUCCGUAUGUGGCAAAAUAUAUUGAAUACAUGACACAUAUCAAGUAUGGAGACUCUAAUCAAAUUGCUCAUUUGAAAAAUAUCGAUGUGUUCUACAAAUCAAAGGAUUAUGAAGGAUGGAAGUUAAUCGAUAUGUUGCCAACACCAAAACCAAAUCGCCAUAUUAAUACCAUGAGUUUUGGUGGGGACGGACUUGUUAUAAAGCAUUUGAAAUUCGAAUUAAGAUCAGGAAGUGAUGAGAUUAUCUUUGGUAUGUUGAGAGUUUAUGCUUUAGCUCCUUAUCGAGAAAUUAAGACCAAGACUGGAAUUAUUCCACCACUAGUUAAACCUGUAGAGAGCGAGAUUAAACCUCCAGUUGUGUCUUCUCCAGUUGUUGAAACUGUUGUUCAACAAGUUGUUAUCCAGCCAAAUGUACCAUCAACUCCUCCAGUUUCAAAUGUUGUUUCGCAACCAACUGUUUCAGUUACAUCUUCGCCAGUAAUCCAACCUGUUGUCGCUGCUCAGUCAACUCCUGUUUCAACUCCAGUAGCUCAACCAAUGAUUGAGGAAGCUGUUGUCACAACAACAGAAGUCAACGUUAUUGAACCAGCAAGCCUCAAAUUCAGUUCUACUUCCUAUUCUGAUGACAACACUGUUCAAGGUCUCUUGGAUGAAUCAGCAGGUUAUGGAGCUCGUACCUAUUUUGGAAUGGAUUCCUACAUUGAUGUCAACUUUGAUAAGCCUCACAUUUUCAAAUAUAUUGAAAUUAAAGCUCACUCUAAGGCAUCUGAUUCUGACCUUAAGCUUAACAAUGUUAAAAUUUCAUGCAAGCUAAACUCAGGCGAUCAAUGGACAAAUGUAACAACCUUAAACGGAUUGAAUGGAGACCUCCAUACCAAUACUAUUCAGUUAAAUGAUUUAAAGGCACAAUUUUGGAGAUUCUCCAAGGGUGGAAUGGAUAAUGUUGUUUUGGGAAUGGUGAGAUUCUAUGGACUUUCUCCAUAUAUUCCAAUCAAGACAAUGAAUGGAACUAUUUUAAGAAAGGAAGAGGAAUUAGCAUUAAUGAAACCUUCCUAUACAGGAAAUGAAAUCAAUGUUGUGGCUCCAUUAAGAAUUACAGGAUCUAAAACUGACAGAAAUGAUAAUACCAUUGAGGGUCUUUUAGAUGACACUGCUGAUUAUGGUUACACCACCGAAAGAGUAUAUGGAAGUCAUAUGAUUCUUAAUUUUGAUGCUGUAUAUGUAUUCAAACAUUUUGAAUUUAUUGCAUGUCCAAUGUACGGAGAUUCUCCUCAAAGAGAUUAUUUAAACAAAGUUGAAGUUCACUACAAGGUCAGAGAAUUUGAACCAUGGAUUCCAGCUCUCACACUUGAAAAUGUCAAGAUCAAUCGAGUCAAGAAUACCAUUCAACUUGCAGGGGAUGGAGUUACUGCCAAAUAUUGGAAAUUCUCCAGACCAAGAGGUACAAUAGAACGUAUUUCAUUUGGAAUGUUACGUAUGUAUGCCCUUGCUCCAUACAUUGCAUACAAGACCAAAACUGGUGAGGUUUUGACUAGAGAGGCAGAGCUCGCAAAGUAUGAACCUCAAUAUACUGGCAAUGAGAUUAAUCUUGUUGCCCCUGUCAGCUUUACUUCAACCAUGUUGGAUGACUAUUUCAAUAAUACCAUUCCUGGAUUAUUAGAUGAAUCGGGAAUGUUUGGAAUGGGUACAACAAAUACAGUUCAGCCUCGAUUUUCAUUUGAUUUUGGGCAAGUUUUCAAGUUCAGAUAUAUGGAAUUGUUUGCUCAUCAAAACUUUGGCUUUAAUAGAGGAAGUGAAUUCUUGAAAGAUGUCAACGUUUCCUACAAGUUGAAAGAAUCAGAACCAUGGACAUUGUUUACAACCAUUCAAAAUGUUGGGGAGAAUGGUGAACAUACCUUUGUCAAGUUGAAUGGAACCAAGGCCAGAUACUGGAAAUUCGAUCGUCCUCAUUCAGGUGAUGUGUGCUUUGGAAUGUUGAAAAUGUUUGCUUAUGCUCCAUACACACCAAUACAAAAUCUGAUUGGUGUCAUUCCACCAAAGAAAGAAAUCGGAGCUUCAUACCUCUCCACCUAUCAAGGUACUGAAGUAAAUGUAGUUCCAGUUAAGUUAUUGAGCAGCUCUAAUCCUCAAAUUGGAUAUGCUGACAAUUGUAUUAGCGGUAUGCUUGAUAGCUCUUGCUCAUUUGGAGUCUGUGCAAUUAAUGAUUUGUAUAUACACAAAUCUUCAAUUGAAAUUGAAUAUGAACAAGCUCACCUCUUUAAACGUGUAGAAUUUUUAACUCAUUCCCUUUAUGAAAAGUCCUAUCAAGCUUUGAAUGUCAACAAUGUCACACUCUACUACAAAGUCAGAAAAGAAGAUCCUUGGAUUUUAUUGACCACCCUUAAUAAUGUCAAAACUCAUCCUAAAUUGAAUGUUUUACAAUUUCCACAAACUGAAGAAUAUGAUGGAACUAUAAAUGAUGGGGUUAAAGCAAGAUAUUGGAAAUUAGAAAGAGGAAAUGGACAAAAUAUUGUCCUUGGUAUGUUUAGAUUGUAUGCUCUAGCUCCAUACACUCCAAUAGAGACCAAGUAUAAGACCAUCAUUCAAGAAAAUGAAAAACUAGAUGAGCAAUCAAUUCUAGGAGACGAAAAGAGUCUAAUUGAUUAUUAUAACAAGUUUAUUGAGCAAAAUCAUAAGGAAGUGAUUGAUAAGCCAAUUCAAACUCCAAAACCAAUUGAUCCAUCCACAUUGAAAGUUUAUUCAGAUUCUGGUGAUAGUGAUAUUCGUUUGAGAAUUCCAAGUUUGGCACGUCUUUCUGAUAGACAUGAAUUCUUUUGCCUCCUCCAAAACAUUCACAGUCAACGUACGGUUGGAAAUGAACCAUCUUUCGAAUGUAACUUUACUCUAACAAAAGUUUACUUUGUUAAUUCUUCAAGCACACCUCUCUCUGUAACCAAAAUUAUGGUUGAGUAUAAGGACUCCAACGGAAAUUGGGUAGCCAUGGAUGGUACACAAGCAGGUUACAAUGAUGGUGUUUUAGUUUUAAAGGAAGAUCCAUUUUCAUUCAAAAUCAUUGCCGUGAAAGACUAUAAUCAAGUUAAUGAAGUGUUCUUGGACACUUUCAAUAUUGGUGCAGGUGCCACUUUGGAGUACUUUGUGACUUCUGAAUUGCCAUGCAAAGGACUUUCCGCUCGUAUGAAACCAGCUGAUAGAUAUCUUCCAACAUGUUAUCCUAAUCCUCUCCAAGUUCGUUUAAGCAUUGAAGACUCGAAGGGAAAGAAGAGAGAAUUGGAAAUGACCUAUGUUGUUCCUUACUCCAAUGAUUUGCCUCUACACACUGAAGAAUCAUUUAAUAAUGUGGAAUUGAAUGGUUUGAAUGAUAGAUCUGUUUGUAUGGUCUAUGACACAGUCAAUAGGGUUCAAGCUUUUGCCUAUCAAUGCAUGAAUAAUCAGAGAAAAUUCCUAUCUUUGGGAAUGGCAGGCCCAAAGGGAUUCUUACCACCAAAGAGAAUUACUAUGCAAGAAAUCAAGUACAAUUACGAAGUUCAACAACAGGAAAGUGUUUUGAUUCAUUCUGAGGAGAUUUUACCUACCUUUAAGGUUACUUUCAAUUUAUUGUGCGAUAAGGAUAACGGUUACAGAGCAUAUGCUACACAUGUGAUUGUUAGUUCACUCACUGGAAGAAUCUUCCGAAAUUCAAACUCAUCAGCGUUUAAACAUUCAAAGAAUGGUGCUGGAUCAGGAGCUGAUCUGCUAGAAGAUUCAUCGACGUUGGGUUCUAAUGAAGCUGAACCCCCUAACCCGUCCAAGAAUAGGAGUGGAAGUACUCACUCCAAUUCAUCUUCUUCAAGUGAUCGAAGCGUACCUUCAACUUCACCUUCAUCAUCACACAUGGUUCAUUCCCAUAGCAAACAAUCCACUACAACAAAUACCAGUCAUAAACAACCACAUCACUCCCACCAUCAUCACAAAUCUCAUAACGAUAAGAAGAAGAGGAGAGCUCUCAACUUUUUGAAUAACAUUCCAACCGAACACGUAAAUAGAGAUUCCCAUGCCCAUACACAAUCAUCUGGUACUAUUUUAAAACCAACCAUUACUGAUAGCAGCAGUGGUGGUGGCGGUAGUAGAAGCCAUGCAAUAAGUUCCUCACCACCAAAUUUGAUUACAACAACAACUAAAAGUGCAAUCACAAAUGUGAGUCCAAGACCACGAGGAUACACAGCUAGUAGUAGAUUAGAGUCUCCAACAGAAGACAAAUCAAACGGUGCCUAUACUAUUGUGGUGUCAUCUACUACUGCCACCACAACCACAAUAUUGGAAAAUUCAUCCAGCAAUGCAACAAAACAGCAUUCUUCAAAACUUACUGUAAAUAUUCCAAAUCCUGAACCAAAAACAAUUGCAAAUCCGAUUGUUGAUGGUUCUGAACAAAAACCAAUUGAACAAAAUGAUCAACUAACUUCAAAAACUAAACUUCACAAUAACAACAAUGACAAAAAACUCCCGGAUCAUCACCAUCAUCAUCGUUAUAAUCAGUUGCAUCAUCCUCAUCCCAAACACCAUCAUCAUGCACACAAAACAAAAACAAAAGCUCUUGAUUUCCUUUCUAAUAUUCCAAUGAAGAAAGUAGAAAGUUUAGAGAAUGUUCAAGAAAGUCAACAAAAGAAUGUAACUCAGUUUACUUUGAAAACAAGUAAUGGUAAUACAAGCACCAUACCAAAAACUCUGCCAAAGUUCUUGAAGCAAAUUAACACAAUGGAUGAAGUAUUUGAUUCAACCAAUGAAUCUCCAGAUAUUGAAAACCAAAAAGAAGUUGAUGAAUCAAAUGAAGAUGAUUAUAUACGUCGUUUACACUUGAUGCAAAAGAAUUCAUCCAUUCCAUUUUUGGUUUGUUCUUUCAUUAAACCAAAGAAAAAUCCAAGUACUUUUCCAAAUUCAUCUACAGGUAGUACUCCACUUCCAACUUCUGCUACAAGUAUUCCAACUCUUUGUUCUCCUGUAGUGGAUCAUACAUUGGUUGAUGUCACAUUAACCAGUGAGGAAUUGAUUAGUAAGCAAAUGGAAUUAGAGGCAAUUACUGUUAGCAAAAAACCAACAAGUUAUAGAUCAUAUAUUUUGGAACCUUUGAAGUGUGAAGCCUAUGAUCCACUCUUCUUAGAUGAUCCAAAUAUUAGAACUGCAAGUAAGAGAAAAGUUAUGACUUUCCCUGGUCUUAUGACUUCUACCAUUCCUUUCCUUAAAUCAAAAGCUUUAAAGAAGGAUUUGAAUGAACAAUUUAGACAACAACAUGAACAUUGCUUGCUAAGUCUUUCAAAAAUUAGAAAACUUAAAAGAAGGAUACUUAAGGUCAUUUUGAAACAAAAACCUGACGAAUUGACCAUUGCAGCAUUAGCUUAUGUUUAUUUAGAAAAAAUGAUUCUUAAGAAUUUAGUUCACAAAACAAAUAGAAAGAGAAUUGCAGCUGCUUGUUUAUUCUUAGCUUUCAAAAUGACUCUGGAAAGUACUCAUGAGCAAAGAAAAGAGAUGAUUUCUGAUUUCCUUGACGAAAUUGAAAGUGUAUUUGAGGUAGGAAGAAAGAAGGUUGUUCAAACAGAAUUCUUUGUAAUGUCAGAAGGUUUACAUUUUAACAUGAAUACAGACAUUAGAGAUAUUCAACCUCAUUUGCAAAGAUUAUUAGAUGAAGAUCAAGAUAGACAAGUGCUUUUUAACAGAUCCCUUAACCGUGUUUGAGAAUAGUGUUGUUAUUUGUACAAACAAUAAAUUACGUGAAUCUACAAAUUUAUAUU